AUGAGUGACGGCAAGCUAUUCGGCAAAUGCAAGUCUCAGGAACUAAGGGUCGAGCUAGACCAGGCCAAAAAGAAACUGAAGCCGCAGCCGAAGGUCAAAAUCGUGCUCAAGAAAGCCAUCUCCAACAUGAUCUUACACAACAACGAGCUUGCCCAUCUUCUACCUGACGUCAUAUCCCUUAUGGCAAUUGACGAUUUCGAAAUCAGGGCUCUUAGUUCUCAAUUCAUCGCUCACUAUGCGCCACUAGAUCGUGAUAAAGCCAAAGGUGCGUUGAAGUUCUAUGAAAGGUUUGGCGACGACCUCAACGCCAACAUCCGUGCCCUAGCUGUCAGAACUGUUUCUUCAAUCAACCUUCCGGAAUUUAUUCUGCUUGGCUUACCAAUGGCAAAAAGACUUCUACAUGACAAUAGUCCGCAUGUGAGAACAUCUGCCGCAUUUGCCGCAGCUAGGCUCUAUCAGCAUGACAAUGAGAGGACCAUGAAACACGGCCUCAUAGAAGACUUGAAUGAACUUCUCUACGAUGAGAAUGAGGUCGUGGUGGCCAAUGCUCUCGCGGCCCUCAAUUCCAUCACAGAGUCUGAUAAAUCAUUGCAACUCACCAUCGACAAGAACCACUCCUUAUCAUUGGCUAAGAGUCUCAGCUCUGCCAACGAGUGUCGCCGAGUCUACCUACUACAUGCAUUGAUGUCUUUCGUGCCUCAGGAAUCAAAUGACGCAUUGACACUUAUAGAGCUUGUGCUACCUUGUUUGGUUCACGAUAACUCGGCUGUUGUGCUCAAUGCAAUCAAGGUAAUUGUGUACUUGUGCAAUUAUGUUGAGGGCCCGGAGGUUGCUGUACCCGGAUUGGCAAAGAGAAUCGGCUCUUCCCUAGUAUCGCUACUUUCAAAACCCCCAGAGAUCCAAUUUUUGGUUCUUAGAAACGUCAUUUUACUUCUACUCGGUAAACGUUACAUGCUUGAUGUUGACGUGGAGCAAUUUUUUUGGAAGUUCGAUGAUCCAAUCUACGUGAGAGACACAAAGCUUGAAAUCAUCUACCUCUUAGCGGAUGAACAGAACGUCGGUGUCGUUUUCCGAGAACUAGAGGAGUACGCCACAGAAAUUGAUGCUAACAUGGCAAGAAAGGCUAUUCGUGCGUUCGGUAAUCUAGCAAUUAAGCUCGAAGUUACUGCGCAACAAAGUGUGGACACACUUAUUGACUUGUUAGCAGACGGGAUCCCUCACAUUGUGCAAGAGUCUAUCGUUGUGCUUAAAAACGUCUUCAGGAAAUAUCCUGGAAGAUUCGAUUAUGCGAUCCAACCUGCAAUCAAGAACUACGAAAUCACCGAAGAAAAAGAUGCAAAAGUGUCAGUUUGCUGGAUUGUCGGUCAAUACGCUGAACAAAUACCUGAUGCUCAUAAGAUUCUCUCAUAUCUUGUUGACUCAUUCUCCGAGAGUGCAUUAGAAGUGCAGUAUGUGCUUUUGACGGCCGUCGUUAAAUACUAUUUGAAGUUUCCAACUUCGGGUGAAGCCCUUUUGAUCAAGGUGCUCAAGCUAGCUACCGAGGUUUCUGAUAACCCAGAUGUUCGUGACAGAGGCUUUUUCUAUUGGAGAAUGAUUACAAGCCCGAAUAACGGAGGAAGUGAUGGUGAGUUUCAGAAGAGAACCAAAGAGAUUGUCAUCGACACAGAGCCUCUCAUUAGUUCAGAAAAUGAAAACAUCGAUCCCUCCAUCCUCGAGGAGCUAGAGCUCAAUAUCGGCACACUUGUCUCUGUUUACUUGAAAUCAGUCGAGCAUGUAUUUCGACUUGCCAAAAGAAAACUGCUUCCGUACUUCCCAGCAUUGCAACCUCGAAGGAAGAGUGAGACGCCGAAACCCUCAUCUAGACCCCCAGCUCAACAAAGACCUCUGCAAUCGAGUCUUCUGCAUAACCACAACAAGCCUUUGCCGCCUGUGCAAAGAGGACCCAGCUCGGGUAGUAGUUCCACAACGCCCAGUCGUGUCAGCUCGGGGAAUGAAGAGAAAAUCUCGAUCGGGAAAAGAUUGGGUAGAAAGGCUACGCGUCUUGUGUCCAAAAAAUAA